AAGCUAUGAAGCUACAUGUGUAUCUCUCCUCAUCACUUGUCACCCUGUCCUUAUAUGCUUGGGUGGACUGUGCAAAUGUGCCUUCCUGUGCCCACAUGAGGUCAUGGUUUCCUAGGACUCCUCCAUCAGAUAUAUCAGAAAAUGUGCCUUAUUUGCUGACUAUUGAUGGGCAUGCUGAGGAUGGUUACCUUCCAGGAAGCUCACACACAAGUAAGUAAUGAUUCUUUAAUGCAAUUAGUUGUAGUCUAAAAAGCAAGUCCAAUAUGUUAUCUUAAAAGGAUAAAUGUGUCCAACCUACUUGUAUUUAGCAGUUGUGCAUUUAGCAAUGUUAUCAUUCAGUGAAUUUAUCUUCAGUUGCCAUUAUAUAUAUAAUACGUAAUCUCAUGCAUUAAUAUGGGGUUAUGUCCACAAAAAAAGAACAGAACAUUGUUCCAUAUCCUAACUACACUGAACUUCAGCUCUCAAGGGGCAAGUUAAGGCAGAGAAAAUUGCCUGCUUAAGUUGGAAAUCUACUAGUCCCUGAGGACCAGAUGGCGGGAUUGAGUUUUUUUUAGCUCUGUCUCUUUACAGAGAAGGUCUUUUUGUUGAAUAGUAUGAUUUAUGCAAUUCACAAAUGUGUUUUGGUUAAUCUCCCAGAUAGACUGCACCCCUUUUUUGUUUAAAAAUUGUGGGUGAAAAGGUGUGGCUUGUAUGCUGGUGUUAACUGUAGUUCUUUUUUAAAAGAAUUUUAAAUCAUUAAAAUGAUUAGUGGUAGAUUAGAAAAGGUAAACUUGAACAGUGUCUUGGAGCCAGAUGAUAAAUUAAGAGACAGGAUAAGGGGUGUGACUGUAGUGUUACAUUAACUCAAAAGAAUGUUUCAAAAAGGUUCAAUGAUACACCAAAAAGUUUCUUGCAUCCAUCCAUGCUCUGCACAGAAUGUCUUAAACUGUAAAAUGGGGGAAAUUGGUGAUAUGCUGCUGUGUGAUCUUUCUGUCAGUAUAGCUCUUAUUUCGUGUUAAAUGUAGUCUAAAUCUAUUACUUCUGAUAGUAACUAUGGUUAUAAACAAUAACUAGACUAGUAUCAUUAAUUUAACUCUAUAAAUCUAAACAUUUGAUUCACAGUUUACCUUAAUGGCUCCAAGACUUUUUUCGGAUUUAUUGUUUACGCUGAGAACUCUGUGAAAAAUUACACCAAUGGACAUUUUGUCAAAGAGGAUCUGCCCCUUGGGGUUGAAGAAGUUAGCUGCGGAGAUCUUUAUGUAUGUAUGAGUAAUUGGCCUCAUGUAAAUUAAGAAUCCUUAACUCAAAAUUAAAACUUGGACAACCAGUAUAAUGUGAUGAUUUAUAUUGCUUCCUAAACGAAACAAAUUUAUGUUAAAUGUAAUAAUGAAUAACUGAUUAAUAUGUUUACAGUCUCGCAUAAAAUGAACUUUAAGUUUUGACGAAGGCAACCUUCUUUUGAGAGCCUUCUACCAUUCAUUACUUUAACAAAAUGUAACUGGCUAUUUCACACAGAUAUUUUGCAAAAAUAUGGAUCAAACUAAUACUUGUUCAAAUGUGAGAACCUAUUGUCAACAAUUUAAACCAGCUUAUCUAUUUUUUCAAAAAAAGGGAUACAAAUUGUAAGGUAUCUGAUGUAGAGUAUAACUUUCCUUCAAGGAUAUCACUACAUUUCCAGUAAAAAUCAACCUGUGACAAUCUUUGAUAUAAAUGUUAUGUAGUCCUAUAGUGAUGAAAGUGAUACCAAAUGGACAAUAAUUAUAAAGCAUAAUAUGCAUAACAGUGAAAUUCGAGUUUUACUGUUGACUCGAAACAUACUUUCACAAGCAUUUGAUGUUUGUACUCUACCAUCUCAUUUCAAAAGAUUGUCCAAAAUUCCACUUCAUCUGGGAACUGGACCAGUGUGAAGAUGUUAUGGAAGGCACCUCACAUGGGUCAUGUGGCUGGAAACAUUACAUUUAGGUACUAAAUUAUUUAUGCUGAUAUGAACAAGAACAUGCACUGUUAUGAAACAUACAUUUAGUUAUUUUCAACCCCUUCAUAUUUCACAGCACUACUAAUGGCCGUAUCCUCAACUGACUAACAUAUUCCUUGCUGAUCUUUUAAGUUUGCUUUGCUCUGGUGAGAAAUGCAUCUAUGCAAUUGAACUUUCAGAAUAUAGUUUCUUUCUUUAAACAUAAAUUCUAUUUUAAUUUGUCAUUUUUUUCAUAAAGGGAAACAUAUCUCAGAAUAAAAGAUUCUAGACAUCCUGAGGAUGCCAUAGAUUGGUGAAAGCAUGGAAUGAAAAAGAAAUACAAUAGCUCAAGCUUUUAUAUCCCUUGUUCUAUUCAAGAACACUUACUAUGUUCCUCUUUGAACACUAGUUCUAAUGAUUUCGAUAUUCAGAAUUUGCUCAUCUAGAGGUGAGUUAAAAAAGGGGUGAAGCCUGCAUCAAGCUAAAGUCAGGACUCAUCCCAGUUUCUAUAGCAUGAGGAAAUGAAGUCUUGAGCUUACUUAUGGAAUGCUAGUCCUUUGCAUCUUAAUCCCCCAUCUCCCUCACCACCCUGAGUUUCUUUUGGCUUCCCAACAGUCGUAGCUGGGGAAACCAAUCUACUAUCCUGGAUGGAGAGAAGCACUAUUAUGUCCAAGAAUUAACUACACAAUUAAUGACCCAGCCAUCUAGACUGUGGGCUUCUCAAUAUGAAGUCUACUUGUCAACCAUUAUGCCUUUGCAUCUACCGUGAAAAAAUUUGGAAGCAAGGAAGGAAGAGUGUAUAUAUUAAUUACUUUUUUAAUUCUAUUUCAGAGCAAGUGUCUUGGAAAACAGAAAUCCUCUUGUUUACUAUGAAGGAUUUACUGCACACCUGAAAUGUAAGCUAUAUUGGUACAAGUAUACUACAUUUAUUUUACAUUUUUGCUUAUCAAAAUUUUGUGUGCUUCAGUUAUUUCCGAAAUGUAUGAUUUAUUUUUUGUUUAAUUCAGCCUUGUUUAAUCACAUAAUUAUAUGUAUUUUUUUGACAUUACAUGUUAUUAUUUCUAUGUAGACCAGUGUCCACUGAGGGAGUGCGAGCAAUGUGUUACUGAUCGCUAUAAAACUGAUAGUUAUGGAUGCCACACCUGCCAGUGUAAGUUAAUUAUGUAACAGGAAGAUUGCAAAAUGCAAGAAAAUUAAACACUUAAAUUAUGUAUUUGACUGUAAUGUAUAUAACCAUUCUGUAUUUUCCAAAAUAAUUUUUGUAUAAAAAACAUGAGUGUGCGAAUAUAAAUAUAGGAAUAUGGCAUAAAAAUGUGACAAAUAUCUUGAAAAUGGAUAAUUAGUUAGUUGUAAUUUUUUUGAGUGAAAAUUAGAUGAGGUUGGGAUAUGUUCUAAUUUGUUCCAUGCUGUGAUAAAUAUAACUUAACAAUUCUUUCGACCAUGUUAGAUAUUAGUGUAUUUUCCUCUUGUUAAGUGUUUAUUUAAGGUAACUCUCCAAAUAGAACAAUUUUCAAACAUUGAAAUUUGCUAUGGGUAGAGAUUUAACUAGCCUUGCCAUAAAAUUUUUUUGAAGGAUCCCUGUUUGAGAUGCCCCAGACAGGCUUAUUGAAACUCUUUCUAUAUGUAGCCAUGAUAAGAAUGCUUGAUGCCUUCUAAUUCAGGUGAUUGUGAUAUCAGCUGUUAAUGCCCCAGUGUGUGGAACAGAUGGUAUAACCUAUGACAAUAAGUGUAAGAUGAAUCGUCAGUCUUGUGUAAAAGAAUCCUCCAUCACAGUGCAAUACGAAGGCAAAUGCGGUUGGUAUCAAAGAUUUAAGAUGGCCCGCUAACAUCAUUUUUUUUCUCUAACCUUUUUUGACUCACAAAUUUCACUAGAAAGGGGAAUCUGCUUUUAGUUCACCUUAAUGAAGGAAUGAACCAUCCUUCCUCACUCCUGCAUCCUGAAGCCAUUCAUGACUGUAAGAUAGUCCAUCUUUUCAUUUAACGAAUAUUCUGGAAAUCAAGAAAUUUUCAAUUAAGAUUACAAAUAACAAUAGUGGUGUGGUUAGUAAGUAUUUCAUGUUCCUCCUCCUCCUCUCCCACAUGUUUAGCCCACUGAGUAAAACUGGCAUAAGAGUCUGUGUUGGGUUUUGCAGGGGAAGAAAAAUCCAAGGAGCUUGCUGGAGGGAAAAAAUGCUCCAAGUUAGGAUGAGAACAAACUGCAAUUUAUGACUGUAUGCAGUGCAAAAAGCCAAUCUUUUGCCUUGAUGAUAUCCUUAAAAUAUAGGUUCAGCUGCUAGAGACGAGUGCAACAAGCACUGUUCUAAGGACUAUCGACCUGUGUGUGGAACAAAUGGUAAAUCAUAUAACAAUGAGUGCCACAUUAGAGGGUCGGCCUGCACAGAUGGAAUAAAUGUCACAGUGGCUUACAGAGGCGAAUGUAAUGGUGAGUUGAAAGUAUCAUUAACUGAGUCAUGAGAUGGAAGGCCCAGUUGUUCAAAGGGUGAUAAAGUCUACCCAACAGAUAAAUUUCUAUUCAGUGGAUAAGUGUUAACAAAAGGUCCUGCAGUGUCCACACUAGAUAGAGAUUUAUCCAGAGGAUAGAGUUAUCCGCACUUCAAACAACUGGGGUCAGAAAAAUAUUGUAAGUUGUGAUAUGAUUUCAGUGGUAAUUGGGCGAAAUACUGGUAUUACGUCCUCAAUUGUCUAAACUCAGAAGGGCUACCCGUAGGGAGGAUAUAAAAUGAUUUUUAUUGAAAAGGCUCAGUCAAUAAUGCUAGAGGUGGUUAGCAAUCUCCUCAGCAGCAUUGAAAUCACCAUGGCAACAGAGUCACAGCCAACAACCAAGCAUUGGCGAACAGGCGUGUGGAAUGAACUAAGACUCAGAAGGGGGGAUGGAGACAGAGCAAGAAAAGUGGCAAAAGUAAUUGGUAAAAGCACAUGGCAGUGCCUCCUGCAAAACUCCUUCAAGCCCCUAUUUCUCAUUUAGUGAAACUGCUGCACUGAGUUUGUUUUGAAUUUUCAUAAAUUAAAUAAUUCAACUUUAUUAACAAAUCCUCGCAAGGUCAGUAGAAUUUUUUCAGUGUAAGACUGUAAUACAUAAAAUUACAGAUACUUUCUUUAAAUUCUAAGCUUUCUCAUCUAAAAUUCCUAUCCUGAAAGAGCUUGCUCCAGGUGUUCAGUUACUACAACAGAGUGAAAUAGUAAACAAAGUGAUGGUAGCGGCGGCAGAGCGAAAAUGAGACAGGCCUGCGUCGGGUGGUGUAGAGUUCAUUACGUGAUCCAAGGUAAGCCUCCCUCGUUUUUUUCACUCCUUCGCUACUAUCCUGCCAUUUACUAUCGUGUUUUGUUUUAUUAAUUGAACGCCUGGAACAAACUAAAUUUAUCGAAUCCUUUUUCUCGUUAUCCCUCCCAAUACCAGCACAGGUGAUGUGUACAGCUCGGCAGGGAUAGCCUUAUUUAGUGGUAAAAUUAAAACUUUAAAUUUGCACUGACUCUCAUUGAGCGAAGUUACUUGGCGAGCGAUUUUGAGAACUUUCAUAAGUUGGUAGAAACUUUGACCAUGGGCGGGAUGUAGAUCUCGUACAAGAAAUUUCUCGCUCCCUUAGACCACAAAAAGGUCGCUGGCCUGUUUCUGUUCUAGUAUUAAUGGCGAGCUUUGUUUGUUUGUUUCUUUAGGCGGUGAAAAGACAUUGAGAUUCUCAGUCCUGUCUCUUUUGUUUGCUUUUUCGGCAUUCCUGAUAUUUUAAGACCUCCAGACAAAAACGUUUGUGAUCCUGAAGUGAACCUUGGGAGAGUGUCAGACUUAGGAAGAAAUGCAGUGCAAGUUUCUUUUCUUUCGUGUGUAUCAUACCGAAAACUUCAAUGAUCUUACACCUUUUAUUUAAUUUAUAAUGGAACAAAUCGCAAAACUUUGAUUAGGAAAGUAAGCUGAAUCAGCUACCUCUAUCAAAUCUGCAAAAGUUUAGAAAGUCAGAUUUAAAAUGAGUUUACCGCCACGGCUUUUGUCUUUAUCUCUGUGUUGUUGUUGUUUUUUUUCUUGAAAGACACUGAAUUUUAGAAACUUGUAGUUUAAAAUGCUUUGUACUCAAAACGUUUAGAUUUUUUUUGGUGAAAUUAAGUGAAGAUCCUUUGUCAGUUGUGGUUCCUUCUUUCACAAUAAUUAUGUAUGAGCUGAAGGAUAUGCUUUCGGUAUAAGUGCUUGUAGCUGUACCAGGGACUGCGCAGAGGAAGGGGCUGGGGGGCUCUAGCCUCCCCACCUUCUUGC